UCCCGUUCCGAGCGUGAGCGGCGUUGCGCGUGUGCGUGAGCUUGAGCGGCGGCGGUCAGCGUGAUGUUAGCCAGCAUGGCCGUCGCUGGGCUUCGUCAACACCGGACCGAACGCGGCUCGAGCGGUCGGACCGCUGACCGACACCGGCGCCACUCCGGACCCGUCCGCGCCGGCGUCAGGCGUGACCUGUGAACGACGAGGUCAUCAAGGUGUUCAACGACAUGAAGGUGCGCAAGUCGCACCGGACGCCCGAAGAGGUGAAGCAGCGCAAGAAGGCGGUGCUCUUCUGUCUCAGCGACGACCGCAAGAAGAUCGUGGUGGAGGAAGGCAAACAGAUCCUGGUGGGCGACAUCGGCGAGACGGUGGACGACCCAUACGCCUGCUUCGUCAAGCUCCUCCCCCUCAACGACUGCAGAUACGGACUCUACGACGCCACCUACGAGACCAAGGAGUCCAAGAAGGAGGACCUGGUCUUCAUCUUCUGGGCUCCCGAGGGCGCUCCCCUCAAGAGCAAGAUGAUCUACGCCAGCUCCAAAGACGCCAUCAAGAAAAAGUUUACAGGCAUCAAGCACGAGUGGCAAGUGAACGGGCUGGACGACAUCCAGGACCGCAGCACGCUGGCCGAGAAGCUGGGCGGCAACGUGGUGGUGUCCCUGGAGGGGAAGCCGCUGUGACGUCGGCGGCGCCGUGCCAUCUGGACCCGAGCCCGCCGCGCCGCCGCCUGCCGUGUGUGUCUGUGUGGUGAAGGAGUCGACGUCGUUAGGCCCCGUUUUUGUUUUCUCGUUUUUUUUUUUGUUGCUUUUCUUCUGGUUUGUUUUGCCCCCCCAAAAUGAAGGAGAUCUCGUUAAGGUCAAAUAUGCAAACCCCUCCCACUUUGUUGCCACAUGACUUGCGUUGACCCAACAGGAAAGGUCGUCUCCGAGUUUUGCCAAAAAGACCUCCGCCUCCCAUGACGAGGCUUUUUCUUUGUCUUUUUUUUUUAACGUGACUUUAAUUUAUUCUUGUCGCCGCGUUGCUCCACGAUGCAUCACAGAACUGUUAGCGUUAGCUCCCUCCUGGCCGCCUUACGUUUUGCUUGGAUUGUAAACGCCACCACACGUCGUUAGAGGCUACUUUGAUUUUGGAAGCACCCCCACGACCCCCUCCUCAAGUCCCGGUGUGAGAUGACCGAACGCGACAACAUCUGCAGCCUUAAAGUGGAACCUUGUUUGUGAGCUCACAGGAAGCCACUCUGCAAUAAAAGCCUGUGGCCCCGC